UUAUUUUGGAUAAGCAAAGAAAAAUGACCGUUUUACCACAAGACUAUUUACGUACUUUAGGCUCUAUCCGAGACAGAUGUAAGCAAGUGUAUGAAAAGUCUCAGCGUGGCGAAUUGACUUGCUUUGAUGUGGAUGAAAGCGCGUUCCCUGCUAUUGUGGACCAUGUGGCUGCCACUACCACGCGUAGAUACCCUCAGUUGGAUCAAAUUCCACCUCAUUCAAGACUUCGUCACUUUGACCCUGCCCAGAUGCAAACGCUUAAAGAGUCUUGGGAUAAAGAAGAAAUCGACCCUGUUGAACGUACACGUCGCUUGAUUGAUUUGGUCAUUGUAUCCGUCUUGGUUGAUGCUGGUGCAGGACAACAAUGGAAGUAUAAAACUUCGGAAGGAGAAUUCGUGGGAAGAUCGGAAGGUCUUGCCCUGGCUUCGUUUGAUAUGUUUGUCGCUGGUUAUUUCUCAAGCUCAAAAGAUUUACCUGGCCGUGUCGAUGCCCAAGGACUGGACCAAGUAUCCAUUCAACGCAUGACUCAAGGAUUUCAAGUCACAGAAAGUAACCCCAUGGUAGGUUUGGAAGGCCGCUCAAACUUGUUGAAACGUUUGGCUAAAGUGUUGGAUGAACAACCAACAUACUUUCCUUCUAUCAAUGAAGAGUCCCGUAGACCUGGUAAUCUUGUGGAUUUCUUGUUGGAAUCUGUAGAACAUGAUGAAAGCCAUGCAAAGACCGUUCGUAUUGAAAAGCUCUGGGAAGCUGUUAUGAGUCUUGGGGAAAUGUGGCCUGCGCGUGUAAAAAUCAAUGGCAUUCAAUUGGGUGAUGUCUGGCCCUGUGCUGCACUUACAGAUUUGGGCAACUAUGAAAACCUAGUACCUUUCCAUAAAUUAUCUCAAUGGCUUACGUAUUCCUUGAUCGAAGUUAUCGAAAGCUCGUUGGGUAUUGUAAUUGAAGGUGCCGAGUUGAUGACGGGAUUGCCAGAAUAUCGAAAUGGUGGUCUUUUGGUUGAUUAUGGUCUUUUGACUUUAAAGCCAUCGGUAAAAGCCCGUGGUACUGUGGAAGGCAAGGAAUUGCCUGAGUUCGAAGGCUCAGAUCCUGCUGUGGUGGAAUGGCGUGCAUUGACUGUCAUCUAUCUUGACAAGAUUAAGGCUGAAUUGGAAGUAAGAUUGGAACAAAAAUUGGAUCUUGCUCAGAUUUUGGAAGGUGGUACCUGGAUGGCUGGUAGAGAAAUUGCUGCCAAGCUGAGACCUAAAGAUGGUGGACCACCUAUCGUCAUUAAGAGCGAUGGUACCAUCUUUUAAAAUAUUUAUAUAGCGUAUAAAAAAAGCGUAUUUUUUUUUUUUUUUUUUUUGGUUUUGAAAUAAAAGAUUGUUAUGUUUUGUUAUAGACUCAC